AUGCCGACCCCCGAAUCCGAGUCCUUCAAAGCCUCCAAACCGACCGUCCCGCCGACCUUCGAAGGCGUCGACUACGACGACAACAAAGCCCUCAAAGCCGCGCAGGACUCCAUCAUCCGCGAGCAAUGGGUGCAGAGCAUGAUGGCGCGGCUGAUCCGCGAGGAGAUGGGGAAGUGCUAUUAUCGGGAGGGGGUGAAUCAUUUGGAGAAGUGUGGGCAUUUGAGAGAGCGAUACCUGCAGCAAUUGAAGCACAGCAAGAUUCGGGGAUACCUGUUCGAGCAGCAAAACUACGUUCCGAAGACGGAGUAG